ACGACCACUCUAUCUACCGUACCUACCUCCUUAGCCCCCCACUUCAACAACAAAUCCUCUCAUCACUUCCAGUCAAAUCAAAAUUUGUGAACGGAGUUGGAAUACAAACAAUCAGAAGGUGACAUAAUUCCUUUCCACGCGAUCUUCUUCCCACUCCUAUCCAGUGCUUUUCCAGGACCAGAGGGACGCAUUUAUCUAUCGUCAAUAUGUCAGGUCUCGACGUUGAGGCUCUCCUCGAAUCCACCGCCGCUCCUACUCAGGAUGCCCCUCGCUCCCAAGACCAGGAUGACAACUCCAAGGCCGACAGCAGUGACCGACGUGACCGGGACCUCUCUCGCGAGAAAGAUCGCAAACGCCGGGACCGCAGCCGGGACCGCCGCCGCGACCGAGAUGCCGAUGGGGAUGAAGACAUGAAGAGCCCGAGAAGCGAACGUGGCAGUGCUAACGGAAGCCAUAGAAGCAGAAAGAGGAGCAGGAGCCGCGACAGUGAACGUCGCCGGGCGCGUCGUGACCGCUACGGCGAUGACAGCCGUUCUGGCGGCGACUUCUACCGCGGAGGUGGCCGGGCCCGCACUCGAUCUCGAUCCCCCUAUGAUGACCGUUACUACCGACCCUCCGGUCGUUCCCGCCGUGAUGAACGGGACGAUGACCGUCGCUCUCGCCGUGAACGUGACACUCGCCGACGCAGCCCUACCAAGAGUCGAGAGAGAACCCCGGAGCUAAACGAAGAUGAACGCGACAGACGCACUAUCUUCGUGCAGCAGCUUGCUGCGCGGUUGCGAACGAAAGAGUUGAUUGCUUUCUUUGAGAAAGUAGGACCUGUUAAGGAAGCCCAGAUUGUCAAGGACCGUGUCAGUGGAAGAUCUAAGGGUGUCGGCUACGUUGAAUUUAAACAGGAGGAAUCCGUCGCACCUGCUAUCCAGCUUACCGGACAGAAGCUUCUAGGAAUCCCUAUCAUCGCACAAUUGACUGAGGCUGAAAAGAACCGCCAGGCGCGCAACCCCGAAGCCAGCACUAGCCACAAUCACGCAGCUCCGUUUCACAGGUUGUACGUGGGUAACAUUCAUUUCAGCAUCACUGAAAGUGACCUUCAGAAUGUUUUUGAGCCUUUUGGCGAACUCGAAUUUGUUCAACUGCAGAAGGAUGAGACUGGUCGGAGUCGGGGGUAUGGUUUCGUGCAAUUCCGUGAUCCUAACCAGGCUCGAGAAGCAUUGGAAAAGAUGAAUGGUUUUGACCUUGCCGGUCGAGCUAUCCGCGUUGGCCUUGGCAACGAUAAGUUCACCCCCGAGUCAACCGCGCAACGCUUGCAGAGCCAAGGUGCAAACCCACAGUCUUUCCAGGGAUCUUCAUUCUCCGGCCACGGCGGCCGUGGUGUACAAGCCGGUGGCACUAACAACUUCGACCGUGCGGGUGGCCGCGAUUCUGAAAAGGGAGCUGGCGCUAGUGCGCUUGAUGACACAGAUGUUGCCGGUGUGAACUUCAACAACUAUAGUAGGGACGCAUUGAUGAGGAAACUCGCAAGAACAGAUGAACCCUCGGAGCCAUCCGCAGACGACAAGCAGAAAGUGCUUCGGCCCAAAACGGAAACCAAACCCUUGCCCGUUAAUGUCAACAUGGCGAGUCGAUGCGUGAUGCUUCGUAACAUGUUUGAUCCCUCUGAGGAGGAAGGCGAAGUCUGGAUUAAAGAACUGGAGGAUGACGUCCGCGCUGAGUGCGAAGAAAAAUAUGGCCAUGUUGUUCACAUUGCACUAGAUCCCAACUCGCAAGGCGACAUCUAUCUCAAGUUUGACCGAGUCCAGGGCGGAGAAAACGCCAUCAAGGGCUUGAACGGACGAUUCUUCGGUGGCAAACAGAUCACUGCCCAACCCGUCGUCGACGCUGUUUACAGCAGCUUGUUCUCUCGCACCAAGGCAAUCUAGUGUUCGAUUCGCUGACCACCGCGCCUGCCAAUACUUACACCGUGGUAGGUAUUAUUACAUCUAAUACUUCUUCUAUUAGGUGCAAACUGGCGACGUCAGAAUCCGCGCAUUUUACCUUGGAACCCUCGCACUCGGCUGUGCCAUGUUGCUUGGAGUACUGGGUGCCACUGCCCCUGGUAGGUGCUGUUCUUUGACGUCUUGCUUUUUUCACUUUAUAAUUUCUACAAGCUCAAAGCUUGGCGUGAAAUGAUAUGUCUAUAGGAAUUUGUACAUUGAUUUAGCACGAAUGGAUCCUUUUCUUUCUAUAUAGU